GCAGGCACCACGCGCACCAGCUACAAGCUAGCGCAGGUCGAGCAGUAUGGGCGGCGCCGGCAGCAUGAGGAGGCUUGCGGCGGCGCUCAUGGUGGCGCUGGCGCUGGCCGCGGCGGGCAGCGCCCCGACGUGCGCGGCGCAGCCACUCCGGCGCAACUACUACGCUGGCGUGUGCCCCAGCGUGGAGUCCAUCGUGCGCGGCGUCGUGGCGAGGAAGGUCCGGCAGACCGCCACGUGCAUCGGCGCCACCGUGCGGCUCUUCUUCCACGACUGCUUCGUCCAGGGCUGCGACGCGUCGGUGAUGGUGGCGUCGGCCGGGAACAACACCGCCGAGAAGGACCACCCCAACAACCUGUCCCUGGCCGGCGACGGCUUCGACACCGUCAUCAGGGCCAAGGCGGCAGUCGACGCCGUGCCGCAGUGCCGGAACAAGGUGUCGUGCGCCGACAUCCUCGCCAUGGCCACCAGAGACGCCAUAGCCCUGGCCGGCGGCCCUUCGUACGCGGUGGAGCUGGGGCGGCUGGACGGGCUGAACUCGACGAAGAGCAGCGUCGACGGGAAGCUGCCGGCGCCCUUCUUCAACCUGGACCAGCUCAACAAGAUCUUCGCCGCCAAUGGGCUCUCGCAGGCCGACAUGAUCGCCCUCUCCGCCGGUCACACGGUGGGGCUGGCGCACUGCGGCACCUUCUCCGGGCGGCUCCGGGGGCCGUCGGCGCCGGACCCGACGCUGGACCGGGGCUACGCCGCGCAGCUGCAGGCGGAGUGCCCGGCGAACGCCGACCCCCGCGCCGCCGUGUCCAUGGACCCCGUCACGCCGGUGGCCUUCGACAACCAGUACUUCAGGAACCUGCAGGCCGGCAAGGGCCUGCUCGCCUCCGACCAGGUGCUCCACACCGACCCGAGGUCCAGGCCCACCGUCGACGCCUGGGCCCGGAGCGCCGCGGCGUUCGACCGGGCCUUCGUCGCGGCCAUCACCAAGCUGGGCCGCGUCGGGGUCAAGACGGGGGGCCAGGGGAACAUCCGCCGCAACUGCGCAGUGCUCAACUGAUUGCUGCCGAGCUGAUUUGUAAUGUAAACCAACCCAGUUUCUUUUCUUCAGACAGGUUUAAUUAGAGGAAACAAAUGAGGAUACAAGAAGAAAAUUGCAAAAUUAUUUAAAUCUCUACUUA